AUGGCAAAGAAAGGAAAAGCUCGAGUUAGAAAUGAGGCAACAUCAACGUUACAAGAUGAUCAAAUAUCAAAUCAAAUAGAAGAAGAAAAUGUAGAAACUAAUCCCAAUCAUUCAGAAGCACCAUCAUCAAAUCCAUCAACUAAUGAAGUAUGUUCUUCGGCUCCCCCAACCAAAAGACACAAAAAGGAUCAUGCUAUUGGGGAACAAAAUGUCAGAGGAAAAGCUAAAGGUGUCAAAUCAGGAGAGGGAAUUGAGGUUGAGAUAUAUGAUGGAAGGAUUGUAACACCAAAAGCCGUUAGUGAGAUACAUGUACUUUUCCACCAAAAAAUUAAUGGAGCAUGGAUAUCUUAUUCUGAAUAUCCAAAGUCAGAGUUGGACACACUUUUUGCUCGCUAUUUGACUGUAGGUUUCUCACAUAGACAAACUGAAGAAGAAGUGAAACAAGCAUUUGAAAAUUCCGUGAGAUAUCGAUAUGCUGAUUGGAUGUUGCGUAUAAGGAAACCAAUUUUUAAAAAACACCAAACAAGAGAAGCUCGCUACAAGAACCCACCUUCUUUCAUUCCUAUUAAUGUGUGGAAAGAAAUGGUAGAUAAGUGGAUGGGAGCUAAUUGGCAGGUUUGA